AUGGCGAGGGAGAGACAAGGCUCCGUCGGUUCGCAGGAGCGGAGCCUGGACUGGACUGGGCGCUCGAACAGGGGACGGCAGACGAGAUCGGAUCUGCCAGGAACGCCCCCCGCCGCCAUAGAGUUCGAGAUUCGUUUCGCUGGCAAGGAAACCGACUCGAAGGGCCCCGCGCCCAGCAUGACCCACCGUCCCAACCGAGCUCCUUCCUGUCCCGGAUCAUCUCGGGGCCCGACGUUCAGUCCACCACCCACGAACACGAUCCUGCAGGCGGGAGUGCGGGCGGCGGUCGCGGCAGUCACAGCAGCAGCAGCAGCAGCAGCAGCCAGCAGCAGGACACGUCCGGUGCAUGCUCCCCCGGAAACGCCAGACACGCCACCACCCGCGACGCGCCGGGGCGAUCGUGCAGCGCAAAAGCGCCCGAGGGCACAGUGCAGCGAUGGCGCCGAUUGCGAUCAGCCUGGGCUGAAGCAGCUGGAGCUGAGCGUCAGGCCCGCAUGUGUCCGCCAGCGAUCACUCGUCGCUCGGACCCCGGACCUGAGACGUCCUCCAGUGGGGCCCGUCACGUCUCGCAAUCACGUGCACGUCCCCGCUGCCUUCCUCUCGCUUUUUUCGAAUGAAUCACAGAUUCCCGUCUUCGAACGCCCCUCGCCGCGGGCGAGCACACCUGGCCUAAUGAACCCCCCGUGCAACACCACACCUGCACACCCGACUCGGAAGCGGAUCCUAUCGCCCGACGCCGUAUUUGGUUCUCAAUCCCCACCCUCGAACUACCAGCCUCCCCGCCGUCCAACAAGUGAUGAACCCGCUGCAGCCAUCGCGCCCCUCGCCUGGGCAGCCCUAUUGGCUACCGCUAGCCGCUGCUACGAUCCAUCACGCCUUCGCAGUCAGACCUGUCAACCUCCCAUUGACAUCCCCGCGCACAACGUGGAUCAUCCCACUGAUCCCGAGACGCGCGUGUCGCUCGCUCGCUCGCUGUUCCCACCAAGCGCUCGCGUCCCCUGA